AUGGUAGUGAUGGUGCUGAUGGUAGUGAUGGUGCUGAUGGUAGUGAUGGUGCUGAUUGUGUUUUUCAGGUUUGCGGUUCUGAGGCGGUGGAUCGGUGGUGGGGUUUGUUGCUGUUCAGUCCAGCUGGACGGGAAGACAGUGCUGAUAACAGGAGCAAACACCGGUAUCGGCAAGGAAACCUCACGAGACAUGGCACGCAGAGGGGCCAGGGUAGUGAUGGCAUGUCGGGACCUGACCCGGGCCGAGCGUGCUGCGGAGGAAAUCCGCUGCUCGACAGGAAAUGGUAACGUCGUGAUCCGCCACCUGGACCUGGCAUCCCUGUACUCGGUACGGCAGUUCGCUAAAGAGUUCCUGUGCACCGAGGAGCGUCUGGACAUUCUGAUCAACAAUGCCGGAGUGAUGAUGUGUCCUAAGUGGCUGACAGAAGACGGUUUUGAAACUCAGUUUGCUGUCAAUCAUCUGGGCCACUUCCUCCUGACCAAUCUCCUGCUGCCAAAGCUGAAGAGCUCCGCCCCCAGCCGGGUGGUCAACGUGUCCUCCAUCGCACACAGAGGAGGGAAGAUUGACUUUGAUGAUCUGUUCUUUGCCAAGCGGCCAUACAGCUCCUUGGCCAGCUACCAACAAAGCAAGCUGGCCAACGUCCUCUUCUGCAGAGAGCUGGCCCGCCGCAUGACAGGUACAGGAGUGACCUCCUACAGUUUACACCCCGGGGUGAUCAGGACAGAGUUGGGACGUCAUGUGGAGAGCUGGUUUCCAUUCCUGAGGGCGCUGCUCACGGCCCCCUCCCUGCUCCUGAUGAAGACCCCCACCCAGGGAGCCCAAACCUCCAUCUAUUGUGCUGUGACCCCCGGCCUGGAGUCACGGUCCGGAUGCUACUUCAGUGAUUGUAGAGAGAAGGAGACGGCGCCUGAGGGGAGUGACGACGUCGUGGCGAGGAGACUCUGGGAGGAGAGCGCUCGUUUGGUCGGUUUGACGGACAGAGAAUAAGCCCCGCCCCUUCACGUCUGACCGCCGG